AUGGCAUACUUUGGAAGGGUGCCUUUCUCACACAGUGAAUUCCAUAAAGGACAGGCUGGGAACCAAGUGUCUUACCCAGUGUACCCUCCUGGUUCUGUUGGAGAGAUCCCUCUAGGAUUUGAUCGAAUAGUUGAUGAAGUCAGCAAUGAAUUUUUUUUUUAUGGUUCAUCACAUUCACAUCAUCAUGAAGAAAUCUUUUCCCCAUCACAUGUCUUUGGUCCGGGUGUGCCUGGCCAGUAUUUUUAUGGUCAGCCUCUAGUUGCUUAUGGAGAACCUUACCCUGAAAAUCCUGUCUCUCGCUGGCAGCAAGGCACACUGUCACCCACGGUUGGAUUCAGAUCUUAUUUGCUGUCUGAUUACAGAAACUUCUCUCUGGUGGAUCCCUACCCCUACAGUCAAGAGAGGGAACUCUGUGGGGGGAGUCGUGUAAAUUCAGUCACAAAUGUCUUUGGUUCAGCUGUGGAAAGAGGCAACACAAGUCUGGGUUUUCCUAUAGGCUUUAACAGCGUAGAUGCCCGGUGUCCCAUUUUCUUAGACAGCCGUCCAUUUGGACAAGAAGAGAGAGAUGGAAGUGGAACUGGGGAAACUUGUUUAACUAACACUUCCAGAAGAUGCAACAUAGGACCUGCUUGGCCCCAUGGCUCUGGACAUGGCAGAGAGGAUGCAGGUUGGUCUAUCCAGCUGGUUGAAGCAAAUCAAGGAAGUAACGAAAACACAGUUGGUUUUUGCAACGCAGUGGAGAAAAUCAAACAUGCCUAUCCUGCUUCUGACUUGAAGACAAAUACCGGGAGAAUCUGGAGUGUCACAACAAGAUUCCCAGACCAUAUCCUUGGUGGAACAAAAUUCAGAAUCAGUGUUUGGACAGAUUUUUCACCAUCUCCUGUACUUCUUACACAACAAGCUGGCUGUAUCACUCGUGACUUCAUUGUAGAGAUCCUCCGUUGCACAAAUCAAUACCCAGCCCAGGAGGAAUGCUUUCUAAGUGUUUAUGGGUCUGAUGAAUUCUUACAAAACGAUCACACUUUGGGCAGCCACGAAAGUCUUCACAAGGCAACCCCCUGUGUUCAGCUUCGACUACACAGCACUACUCAUCUGAGGCAAAGCUUGGCUCGAACGUGUGAGGAUGACCAAAGAAGGUUCUGUAUGAAUCAGCUGUUAAGAGACACGUGUGCCAUGAGACUGACUCGGCAGAACCUUUUUUCUGUUAUUAUGAACUACAGAGGUCAAGUGGAAUAUCUGUUGCAAAAUGAGCCACAUAAAGUUGAUAAUGUGAUUGAAGCAGCUAAAGCAAUCUGCAGUGUCCUCUGCUUUGUGGAAACCAGAGACAUAACUGAUGCAGUCAAGAAACUCCGUGCAUUGCCACUUGUGAAAGCACAGGAUUCACUUCAAAGUGUGGAAACAUCCAUGUUAAUAGAGGCUGCUGUGACUGAGCUCUCCAUUGCCAUCUCUCGUCUCAUCCAUGUUUACAGCAGCAGCUUUGAUGCAAAUUUCCAGCUUGCCAGCAUACCCAAAAGCCCUUCCUGUGCAGACAUCAGCCUAGAUUCCCAGCUCAACUUCACUGUUUAUGCUGCCCAUAACAUCCCAGAAGCCUGGGUGAACAGCUACAAAGUUUUCUCUUUUUCCUGUUCACUAACUUAUGCUGGGAAGAUAAUAUGCCAAGUGAAGAUUUGCAAAACUACUCCAGUUAGAAGAUCCUUCUUUUUCCUGGCUGACUGGAACGAGAAAAUCAACUUUCCUCUACGAAUAAAGGCUCUUCCGAGGGAAACUAUGCUGACAAUAAAACUACUGGGAGUAAACAGUGCCUCUAAAAAUACAGAAGUGCUUGCUUGGACAUGCUCCCCAUUGUAUCCAAAAGAGCGGCUCGUUCAUGGAGCUGUGCUCCUCAGCAUGACGCUGUGCAGCACACCCACAGCAAUGAUUACCCCGGGCAUCUGCAGCACUGACACACCAACCUCGGUCACACUGCAGAUUGACUUUCCAGAAUCUAAUCUGGAGUUCAUUAAACCUGAACCUGAAGAAAGAAGAGGAGAUCUUGAAGAACCAACCCAAGAGUGCCUGAAGCACAUUGCAAGGCUUUCUCAGAUACAUUCUCCCUUGCUACUCUCAGAGCAACAGAGAAGAAUCUUAUGGUUUUAUCGUUACCACUGCAAUAAUCAAAAUUGCUCCCUUCCUCUGGUGCUGGGCAGUGCCCCCAGUUGGGAUCGAACGACUGUGUCAGAAAUGUAUGCCGUGUUGAGGAGCUGGAGGUUUUCUAACCCUUUAGAGGCACUUGGACUUCUGACUUUCAGUUUUCCGGAUCAAGAUAUUCGCAGAACAGCAGUCCAACAGAUAGAAAAUAUGUCAAAUGAUGAGUUGUUAGAAUACCUCCCACAGCUGGUUCAGGUACUCAAGUUUGAGUGGAGUCUUGAAAGCCCUCUAGUGAAACUCCUGCUGAAUCGUUCCCUUCAGAGCAUCCAAGUAGCCCAUCAACUUUACUGGCUGUUGAAGAAUGCGCAGAAUGAAGUUCAUUUCAGAAUCUGGUAUAAGAAACUACUGGCUGCUCUCCAAUUCUGUGCUGGACAAACCCUGAACAAUGAGUUUUCUAAGGAAGAAAAACUCAUCAGAAUUCUGGAAGACAUUGCCACAAAAGUGAAAGCUGCCGGUGACCCAAAAAGAAAGGAGGUGUUAGAGGUGGAACUCAGCAGCCUUCAGCAGUUCUUCCAGGAGGUAAAGGCUUGCCGGCUCCCCCUGAAUCCCUCACUUGUUGUCCAAGGCAUAGAGGCGGAUUCAUGUUCAUAUUUUACAUCCAAUGCUUUUCCAUUAAAAAUCUCCUUCAUUAACGCGAACACUCCAAGUGGGAACAUCAGUGUUAUUUUUAAGAUAGGUGAUGAUCUACGUCAAGAUAUGUUGGUUCUGCAAAUUAUUCGAGUGAUGGACAGCAUCUGGCUCCAAGAGGGACUGGAUAUGCAAAUGAUCAUUUAUAGGUGUUUAUCUACAGGGAAAGGACAAGGAUUGGUACAGAUGGUGCCAGAUGCUACUACACUAGCGAAGAUCCACAGGGAGUCUGGACUGAUAGGACCACUGAAAGAAAACACAAUUAAAAAAUGGUUCCAUCAUCACCAUCCUCUGGAAUCAAGUUACCAAGAG